UCAAAAUUGAAAACAGCUGCAGUUGAAUGAAAAUUGCAUUAUGAAUAAGAUAGAUACAUUUUGCUGAAUUGCUCUAGAUUCAUCUAUUUUCUGUCUCUGUUUCUACUUUCUGCUAUAUUUUUCAAUGGAGAUAGUAUAGAAGCAGAAGCAAGUCGUAAGUCGUUACUCGUGAAUCGUAGAAUGUAAAGAAGUUGUGGUUUUAUAACUUCAAAACGUCGGAAUAAGUCUUCAAUCUUGCACUUUCCUUCAAAUGCUAGAGUUGUAGGAAUUUCGAAGUCUGGACGGAAAAUUGGGAUGUGUUUUUAUUGCUAUAUAUGUGUUACUUUUCAAUACCGCAGACGGAUGUGUGAUGAAUAUUUCCACAGGCUUAUCAGCGAAUAUGUUCGAAAACCAAUCAUCGAAUACCCAAAUAUGAAUUUAAUAUCGCUGGGUACGUUGAAUCUGCAACGUUUCUCUAUGAUCAGAAUUGCCAUCACCAUAUGGACGCAAAAGAAAUGGAACGAUAAUAUAACCGAACUGUUCUUGAGUUGCCGUAAGAAAAAUAGUAUCGUAGAAUGGGAACGUGCCUGGAUGAAAGUCACCGAAUUAGCGUUUGUCGACCUGAGUAAAAUGAACUUACCUUCGACGUUGCUCGAUCAUGUCGAAUUUAUCGUCGAAAUGGUAGGUCACGAGUUACUUUUAUUUCUGAAGUACUUCAAAGAUUGUUAUUCGUACGAUGGCUGUCGUAAGGAUUACAUUCGAGUCGAAGAAAUCAGCUGGACAUCUUUCGGUACCAUUGAUAAAAUAAAAACACAUCGUAAUUUUUCGUACAGAUGUGCUACUGCGCACAUUAGAUUAGCGUGCCCGCUAUGCAUAGAAAGCACCAUAAUUCGAGUAUGGAUACGGAUUAUGAAUAAUAGAAGAAUGACUAGUUUUACUCAAAAGUAUUUCUCAUAUUUAACCAUGGCAGCUGAUCCGUACCAACUGUUUAUAUUUUGCGGCCAUCUUUUCAAAUAUUCCAUUAAUAAAUUUCAAUUCAUCGACGAUCCUACCAAUGUCAUCGCUAGAGGAAGAGGUGAAACGCAAAAAUUAUUAUUAUACCAUGCUCAGCAAGGUAAUUACGAGGGAUUCGUGUAUUUUUGGAAAAAACUCAAGAAGGAAGAAUGCAUCGGUGUAUUACCUCUCUUGAUGCAAAUUUUCAACUAUCCGGCAUUUUCUAUAACAAAAUAUCCUUCGUUUUCUGAGAUGAUUUUAUUCAUAAUGAACAAAGUUGACGGCCCGGCGCGAAAGGAAUUGACUCGCAGAUGCGGUUUCGUAUUAUUGAAUGGAUUAUUGGAGAAAUGGCCCUACCACGGAAUUGUUAUAAACCAAUUCGAUCGAAUUAUUCCUCAUCUUUCCAAUUACGAUUAUAGGAAUAUAGUUUUAGAAAUUUUAUCAAAAAUGCAUCGUAUAGAAACCACUCGUAUCAAGCAUAAAUAUUACAGAGAAGAAUUUCGAUUUCUGUGGGGUAAUAUGGAAUACUACGUGGCCAGGGCAACCAACGAUUUUGUUGAUUUCUUACAAGAUAGAUUAGCCUUGGCGCAUUGAAUCGAAUUAUCUUAUGUUUUUUUUUCUAUGUUCCUAAAGUAAGCGUCACCUUUUCUAUGUUGCUGUUUGUAAGCUGAUUUCCUGUGCCAUAUUAUUAUGACUGAUUUGCGUUGCCAAAGAGAAAAUAUUACCUUACUUAUUUAUGACAAUAAGUUCAAAUAAUAUAAUUACGCGACUUAUCGUCAAAUUACGAACUAAUAUAAAUUUAUUGAUGUCGAUGUCAUUUCUCUACAACUUGUUUUCGAUCCCUUUUUAUUUCAUAGUUACCGUGUAACGUUUUUAUCUAUAUUUCAUUUAGCUAAUUCUCAUUUUAUAAACAUAAUUACCUAUGCUAUGACCUGUAACGGAUAUCGUAAAGUUCACUUUAUCGAAAAAUAUUACCUAAGUUCUUUUUGUUUUUUGUGAAUGUUGAGGUGAAAUAAUGUAUUACUGCCUUUUUUUUUCAUCGGUCACAAGCCGUUAAUUUUAGAUUGAAAAAUAGAUAACGAUGGAAAAAUAUGUAAAGUUAUGCAGAAUGUGGGCUUGUUCUCAAUAUCAUUAUUUUCAUUUUGAACAAAAUGGUAAAAUUCCAUGGGGUUUUUCCAAUCCAUCGUUAUCUAUUUUCCAAAUUUUUUCUACCCUCGUUUUUGUUGGUUUAUUUCUUGACUACAUAUCAUUAAGAGAUUUUGUUUUUUCAUUUUUGUAAUAAUUUUAUGCUCGAAAAAUUGAAUUUUAUUCAUAUAUAUGUGAUUGAUUUUUGAUUUAAUACGUAUACGUAACGAAGCCUAUUUUUUUUAAGUGAAUAAGUAUUUCAUUUCUCUCCAUUUUUCUUUUUACCAUAAUAUGCUUUUUUCUCGUAUUUUUACUUUUACUACUUGAUAAUUAUCUGUUGCUGUGUAAUGGACGUAGCUUUAAUUUUAUGUAAUGUCUGGUCAACUUAACUAUUGUUGUUCAGUUCUAGACUUUUUGCUGGCUUUUAUCAUUCUGAAAUAUUUUUUUAUGCAUUACAAUGCAUAUUACGAGCAUUAUAAUACCAUAUUAACAAUAUACGUUGAUCAAUGCAACGGAAUAUCUCACCAUAACUAGUAAGAUUAAGCUCUUCAAGUUCCUGUAGUGGUAGUUUUUUUUUUUUUUUGUUAUGGAAUGUCUAUUGUGCUGUGCUGAAGAUGGAAUAAAAUUUCACUUGAACAUUUUUUGUUGUUGUAUCGAAGGAUAAUUGCGUAUUAGUACAUGUACCUAUCUUUUAUCUAAGUACCUCUACCUAAAUGUAUACCUUUUUCUUUGUGCUCGUGUUACUAUGCUUUUGAUGCUGUUUUCCCUUCCGGUCGUAUCUACCCAUGUGAAAAGCUUGAGACUUGGCGUAGCAUUAACACUACCGUUAUUAAAUGUUUGUGUGUUCUAAAAAUAAAAAAAUUUAACCGUAA